GGCGCGGCGCGUCCGCCUGGCGUUCCACUCACUCUCGGCGCCCGCCCGGGACUUGGGUCCCAGCCAUGGCCGCUGCGCACCCCUGGGACCCCGCGUGCGAGCCAAGUGCUGCCGGGCUCCUGCUGAGCCACUUCGUAGCGUCGGGGAUGGUCACUCAGGAGAUGUUAAAUAUAUCUAAGAAAUCAGCACCUUACUUUGUGAACUUCUCCAGACUACAGCAGAUCUCAAAUAUUCAAGCUGAAAUCUACCAGAAAAACUUGGAAAUUGAACUUUUAAAACUAGAAAAAGAUACAGCAGAUGUUGUUCAUCCUUUCUUUUUGGCUCAGAAGUGUCAUACUCUGCAAAGCAUGAAUAAUCAUUUGGAGGCAGUGUUAAAAGAGAAGAGGUCCCUCAGGCAAAGACUGUUGAAAACCACUUGCGAGGAAAACUUGCCUAUUGAAGCUGUUUAUCACAGAUACAUGGUACAUUUACUGGAAUUGGCAGUAACUUUCAUCGAAAGAUUAGAAAACCAUCUUGAAACAAUCAGAAAUAUCCCUCAUUUAGAUGAAAAUCUAAGGAAAAUGAGCAUGGCUUUAGCAAAAAUGGAUAUGUUGGUGACUGAGACAGAAGAAUUGGCAGAGAAUAUACUCAAGUGGCGAGAACAGCAAAAGGAAAUUUCCUCUUGUAUUCCCAAAAUACUAGCAGAAGAAAAUUAUCUUCAUAAACAUGAUGUUAUAAUGCCUUCUUUACCUUUUACUUCUAAAGUUCAUGUCCAAACCAUUAAUUCCAAGUGAUCAUCAACUGUUUAUUUUUGCCUAAUUAUAUGUAGUCAUUGAAGUCUAUUUCUAGCCAAUUGUAAUAUGGGCAUUUAUAGGCUCUGCUGCUAGCAUUACUGAAAGAGCUCUCUUUAUAUUGAAAUACUAAGAUUCCAAGUUCAUUAAGACCAAAUUGAAUUUUCUUUUGUUUUUUUCAUGUAUUUUCAUUCUACUUUUCAGUAAAACUCUUGAAGAUCAAAUAUGACAGUAUCUCAGAGAGGAGACUCUUAUGUCAUCUUUUUUUUUUUUUUUUUUUUUUUGUCUUUUUAAAUGCUUGUUUCUGAAUUAAAAGAGUCUCCUUGGAAAUGAAAGUAUGUUGAGUUUCGCUGUGAGACAGUUGCUAAGUAUAUACGAAAGAACAAAUGUAGUAGGCCUGGCUGCUGUCCUUUGAAAGGCCUGCUUACAAAGUUGGCUCUUGUCUGGCUUCUUGGAAUUUAGAUUUCAUCAGGGCUCCUUCCACUAUCACUGGUGAUUAGAGUUGUUCAUAGUGACUCAAGUGUUUCUGCAGUGUGGUUCUAGUCUCCCAUUCCUUCUGGGAGUCUAUAAUUUUGAUGUAUAUUAGACAGAAGGUACCUGUGUGGCUAGCCCAUGAUCAUAACCCUGGGCACUGCGUUUCUAAUGAGCUUUCAUGAAAGACGUUUGACACAUUACACCUUAGUUACUGUGGGAAUUAAGCAUAUCCUGUGUGAGACUCCACUAGCAGAGGGCUCUGGAAGCUUGUGUCUGGUUUCACCUGGGCUUUGCCUCGUGUACCUUUUCCCUUUGCUGUUUUACUGUGUAUGCUUUUGUUAAUAUCAUGCCCCUGGAUACAGUGAUACGCUGAACCCUGUGAAUUCUCCAACCAUCAAACCUGGGGGGAGGGAAUAUUCAAAACCCUGAGACGUGGGGGGGAGGGGGUAAAAAAAAAAUAAAAAGACACUGAGACAUGAAGAAAUUUCUGAGGGUGUUCAU